UAAUUUAUCCGAUUAUAUAGACAACACCUGAAUGCAGCAUGUCCGGAAAUGCAAUGGGGGAGAAACCGGAUAUGGAGUCUUCUCGAAUAUUUACCUUACAGUCUAUGAUAUUUACCGAUCAAACUUCGUAAAAGACAAAAAAAUAACGACGUAACAUCCGUUAAAUCUCUGUUCAGUUGUAUUUUCAUAUAUUAAACAUCAUUUAAUUAAUCGAGUAGUCCGUUUAAACCGUUUAACCCGUAGACUAAAUCAACAGCCGUUACUUGAAUGGUUACCACGGGCAACGCUUGUUGGAAACUCCUCGACCAAUCAAAGAGCGGGAUAUUGAAGACGAACCAAUCAGUGGACUCGUUUGGAAAAUCCAAACAGCCGGCUGCUCCAGAGACAAAAGUCGAGAUUUGUUUUGGUGAGAAGAAGAUUCAGAAGGUCUGAGGUCUGACCCGGUCUGAGCUGACCCUGUUGGUGGUCUGAGGUCUGAGCUGACCCUGUUGGUGGUCUGAGGUCUGAGCUGACCCUGUUGGUGGUCUGAGGUCUGAGCUGACCCUGUUGGUGGUCUGAGCUGACCCUGUUGGUGGUCUGAGGUCUGAGCUGACCCUGUUGGUGGUCUGUGGUCUGAGCUGACCCUGUUGGCGGUCUGAGGUCUGAGCUGACCCUGUUGGCGGUCUGAGUGGGGAUGAAGACCCGGGAGUCACCGCCGCCGGUCCACGUCCACGUACCAGAGACCACACCAGUCCAUGUCCACAUGAGGAGGAGUCCCAGCAGAACCCCACAGAGGACUAAAGACGCUCAGGUGAAGGGAGAGGAAGGGAGGUCAAAGGUCAAGACGCCGUGGAUUCCUCCAGGAAGACUCUCCUGCAGAAGAGAAAUAAGCAGAGUUCAGCAUCAAUCAGAGAGAGGAGCCAGACAUCAGCGUGAUGCAGAGGAGGAGGAGGAGGAGGAGGAGGAAGAGUUGGCUGCAGUUUCCAAAAAUCUCAGCGCCCUACUCCGAGAGCAAGAAAGCCUUCGCCGUUCAAAUAACUCGGAUGUCAGGGCUCAACAAACCAGAGAGUCUGCCGCGCUCCUGAGGGCGCUCGUAGAGGCAGAAAUCGACGGCGUAGCUGUGGCCAAUCAGCUGACAGCUCUGAAGGAAACCAUAGACAGCCUGGCUAAGGACAAGCGUCUGUCAAAGUUGAACGCGGCGUCGCUGAGACGGCAGCAGCAGCUGUUGUUGGAGAAGAUCGCCAUGUUUGACAGCACCAAUCACAGCCUGCGAGAGCUCCUCAGAGAUUGGACGGAAUACGAGAGAGAAUCUCUGAUUUGGUUGGAACAGAAAGACGCCAUAAAGACGAGACUGGCCGACAGUGAAGCAGAAAACAUCCGACUUUUAACCAAACUCACCAACAAAGAGAAAGAGGCGUGCACGCUCGCGGAGCAUCUGGACUUUGAAAAGGACAAAGUGGAGACGACGGAGGAGCUGUCACGCGUCCUGCACUCGACCCGGGAGCGUCUGCAGUCCGAGCUGAGCAGAGCGGACGCCGAGAAGAGUCGCCUGACCGCGCACAUUCAGAGGAUGCUGCAGAGCCAGGAGGAGCAGCAGGAGGCGCUUGGAGCUCUGCAGGAGGAGCUGCAGACGCUGAGGCAGCGCAGAGCGGACGAGAAGAAGGAGCGGGGACAGAAGGAGCAGGAGGCGCUGACUCUGCUGACCGAGCAGGCCGAGCGAGCCGAGGAGACGGCCAGGCAGCUCACAGCCAAACUGCAGGAGAAGGAAUCCCAGUUGGCCCAGUCUCUGUCCACGUCCAGUGACUGGUGCCUCCGACACUCCAAAGAGGCCGCCGCCAAAGGAGCGCUGGAGGAGGAGCUGUCUGCGUUCAAGUUUCAGGUGACCGAGCUGACCUCCAAGAUGACCUCGAUGGAGGAGAGGAGUCGGACGGAGAGGGACGAGCUCCGGGAUCAGAUCCAACAUCUGGGCUCUGAAAACACCUCCACUCAGCUGGACAACCAGAGACUCCAGGAUCAGCUGAGGUCGUCUGAGGAGAAGAUCGGGGGUCUGCAGUCUGAAGCGCGGCGGCUGAAAUCUGCCAUCAAAAAGCAUGAAAGCCUGGUGGAGAAAUACAAGAAGAAGGUGCAGCAGGCUCGCCUGGAGGCGGAGGAGCGCCGCCUGAAGCUGGAGGCGACGCAGAAGGAGGCGCGGGAGCUGAAGGUGAGCCUGGAGAGGGAGAUGGAGCAGCUGAGGAGGGAGCUGCUGGUCCGGCUCCGGGAGCUGGAGGCGCUGCCCGACAGGCUGAGGAGGAGCGAGCAGCAGCUCCGAGACGCCCAGCAGGAGGCCGACGCCCACCAGAGGAGGAACGUGGAGCACAGCUCGGCCCUGUCUGAAGUCAGACACAAGGUGGAGCAGCAGGGCGCUCAGCUGGAGACGUUUCAGCAGAAGAACGUGCUGCUGCAGGAGGAGAACAACGUCCUCAAAGAGACCGUUCACAACUUAGAGAGGCGGCUGGAGGACCUGAAGGUGGAAAACAACACGAUGUCUCAGUCUCUCUCCUCAAAGGAAGCCGGCGUCCGCAGCGUUCAGCAGCAGCUGGAGGAGAAGACGCUCGAGUGCAGCGUCGUGUCCCGUCAGCUGCAACAAACUCUGGAUGACGCACAGAGACAGGUUGAUGAGAGCAUUCAGAGAGUUCUGACCAAAGAGCGAGCGUCUCAGUCCAAAGCGUUGGACCUGCAGAGCCAGCUGAGCCGAGCCAAGACGGAGCAGAGUCAGCUGCAGAGGAGCAAAGAGGAGAUGGAGCGUCGUUUUAAGACUCAGCUGCAGAACAUGAAGGAACGACUGGAGCAGUCCGACUCGACAAACCGAAGUCUGCAGAAUUAUGUUCAGUUUCUUAAAACCUCGUAUGGAAAUGUCUUUGGAGAGUCUUUGCUCACCAGCUGACCGCACACUCCUCCAACAUGAGAAAUAUUCAUACAUUCAAAGCAAUGAAGUCGUGUUUUUAAAUACCUGUGCUCUUCACUGGAGGGUUUUCUGAUAUCACUGAAUGAAUAAAAUCCUUUUAAAAGAAGUGAAGACUCAUUUGUUGCAUGAAAUGUAUUCAUAUUGUUUUGAAUAAAUCUCUUUCCUGCACCA